UUGAUUCAGUAAGUACCAGUUAAAGCAGAGGUAAGCUGGAUCUUGAUUAAAGGAUAUCAAAAUGGAGAGAAGCAAUUUUAUCUGGAAAUGGAUUUUUCUUUUCUUGAUGCAUUUUACACAAUCCUAUGCCGAAAAGCCUUCUGUCACAGAAAUGUAUUCAAGACGAGAGGAAUUGAAUCUUUUGAAAAGCGUUCUUAAACGUUUUAGUGCUUUAGAGGAGCUUGAGAAAGAAAACAUCAAUAAAAUGGAGAGCAUCGAACGGAAACUUAAUAUAAUUAGCGAAAAAAUAUCAGAUUGUGUGGGUGGUAUUUCUGUACACCCCUCCAUCCCGACGUCACAAACCACAAGAAAAUCUCCUAAUACAACAGUAAAAAUAAAAUCAGCACAUACAACUAGAACACAAUCUGCUACUACAGAGACUACCUCUACGAAACCAACAUCGUCUAUUACUCAGCUACCAAGGUCAAUAGGUAGUAGAGGCAGAGAAUUUUUAAUUCUUUUCAUGAAAAAUCACCCAGCUGCAAAAGGAUCCCCUACAAUCUACAUUACAACAGGCGGUAAUGCGUCUGUGAAUAUAUCAACCUCAAAUGAUCUUAAUGCGUCCACUAAAUUAGCAACUGACAUUAUACUGAAUGUUUCCUAUUAUUCCAAUAUCACACUACCCUAUGAUCUAAGCUGUGAUUAUUUAUCGAUUGAAUCCAAGGCCGUGCUUCUACAAACAUCUGAACUAUCCACCGUAUCAAUAUUUGAUAGUUUUCAUAAAUCUUCAAACGAUGGAACGCUGAUUAUUUCAACAAACAGAUUGUCAACAAGAUAUCUUGUGUCGUCAACGAAUCCAUACAAAAAAAGCGAAGGCUACUACAGUCAGUUUGCUGUUGCAGCCUUAUAUAAAGACACCAACGUUAAUAUUACAUUUAAAAUGAAAACCAGUACUUCAAUAUCUCUUCUUGGUGGAACAUACGAAGACCAGGAUGUACUAACAACUACUUUAAAUAAAUAUGAAACUUUACAAAUUAUGCAUACUUCUGAUCUUACUGGGACUUUUAUUGAAUCCACAAAACGAAUAGCUGUGUUCUCAGGGAACCGAUGUCAGCAGAUGAAAGUCCUAGCAUGUAGUCACAUGGUUUCUCAGUUACCCCCGACUACCGAAUUAGAUAAUCGAUAUAUUAUCCCCGCAUUCUACGGAAAUUUAGGGACAUUAAUUCAAGUGAUAAGUGAAAGUCAGAAUUCUAUUAAAAUCAGCGAAGGUAGGAAUUCAUCAACCUUGCAUAUGAAUGAAAAAGAAUUCAUGAACAUUGAGGUGACAUCAGGUGAAACUACUACUGUAGAGUCAGAUAACCCUGUGCUAGUAACUGGUUUUGCAAUGGGUUCCAGCAAUAAAGAUCCUUAUAUGACAGUCAUUCCCGGUGUCAAUCAAUAUGUUGACUACUAUAAUGUAGUUGUACCAGACGGAUAUGCAAAGAACUAUAUCUGUGUGAUAAUUCAACAAAAGUAUACAGAUGACCUUAAAAUAAAUGAUACCUCAACUGAUCAUUAUAAAUCCGUGCAACAGAGCUCUGCUGCAUUCGAGACCACUUACAGCAUUCGUAUUUUUGAAGUAGACAGCGGACCCAUUGUUAUAUCGACAACUAAUAACUCAACAUUUGGAUUAAUAGUCUACGGUCAUCGGAUGGAUGAUGGAUAUGCAUUCACCGGCAAUUAUGUUCUUUCAUAAGGUUUUAAAGUG